CUACUUUCCAGCCUCAUGGCGAGGCACCUGAAGCGAGGGACAUCCUUGAAAAAAGGAAAACGAGAAGCUGGUGGAAGUGGAAACUGCGUAGGUAAUUGUCCAGGUUCGACAGGAGGUCCACCUAAAACCACUAACAAUAUUGCUGGUUACGCUAGUGCACCUGGGGGUGCCAAUAUGACCCCCGAGGUUACUGCUCCCGAUGAAGAGUUCGCUAUAGACAUUACUCGUAAAACUCAGAAGGACGCAGAAGCCAUUCGUGAUGCGCUGUAUCUUAGUGCUGCCUUUGGAAUCGCAUGGAUAAUAGGUGCAGCAGGUUUAUCAUUAGCAUGGCUGUUGAUAGUAUUAACGUUGGCAGUUCCGAUACUCAAAACAAGAAGAUCUCGUUUUCUUCAGUCAUCACUUCAACAUGAAUUAGCCAGGCUACGUCGAAGAAAAGCUCUGUAUAAAGACGAAACCGCUGAAUGGCUAAGUUUACUGCUCAACAAAUGGUGGAGAUUUAGCGCUGCCAGUAUAUUUUCUUUAGCGAAGGAAAGGCUGGAACCUCUGUUAAACGAAGCUAAGCCGGGAAUACUUGGGCCACUGGAACUAAGAGAACUCACUCUGGGUGAACAAACCCCCUGUGUCACACGAAUAAGAACUCUAGAUUACACGAACGACGAUGAUAUCGACAGUCAAACGGGGCAAACGAAAUUGUCCAUUGAAGCAGACGUGUGUCUCGAUUGCGAGCAAUUUCGCAUGCUUAUCACGACAAGAUUAUUUGGGAAAGGGGUUGGCAUGGACGUUGAUCUGGCUGUGGAGAAAUUAUCUCUGUCAGGUACCAUUCUCACCACCCUGACCCUUAACUCCAUGGCGCCAUUUCCUCACGCAACCUCUUUAAGCGUGAGUUUCUUGGAGAAACCGGACGUUUGGUUCAGUGUGAGAAUCCUGCGAGCGGUACAAAUGAUGGAAAUGCCUUUAAUUAAGACCUGGAUUCAUGCUGUGGUCACGGACGCUUUGACUAGCUGGAUUGUUGAUCCGGGUCACUUGGAAAUGGAUCUGAAAGCGGAAGAACGCCCUGGGCCCAGAUUCGAUUCAAUGGCUAAUUCCAUACCACACGGAGUGCUCACUGUUGUUUUAACACAGAACGGACACGCUGCCUCUAACGGAGACGAAGUGAGAUGGCUGGUAGUUGUAAUAGGAGAUCAGAAGAGGGUUACAACUCCUUUAAACACUACGUGGAACGAGGACGUUUCUUUCCUGGUCGGCGCUUUGGACAACGAAAAAAUCACCAUCAAGCUGAAAGCGAAACGAAUUGUGAGCACCGUCACUUUGGCGCAAUUCGAACUUGCGCUUGGAGUUUACAACUGGGAUAGUUCUCAAGUAAUAGAAACCGUGUUGCAACAAAAGAAGCCAUCACGCAACAGCUCUAACAUUCCAAAUAUUAACGCCCGACUAGAAUAUACCGCACUUCCAAAAUUGGAUCCAGACUUACCGCAACCAGAAUUAACAGAACUUAAUUCACACCUGUCGGGUGUGCUUGUGGUUUACAUUCACUCGGCGGAAAACCUGAAUAGCGACAGUUCCCACUGCAAUCCGUAUUGUAUAUUAUUUAACAAUCGUAAAAAGGUGAAAACAACUCAUUACAUUCGAAGCACAACAUCGCCAUGCUGGGAAUCCAGAGCACAAUUUCUCGUACAAGAUUAUACUCAAGUAUCUCUGAACUUUGUCGUAUAUUCGUGGAAUAUAUCAAAGUCUGUUGAGAGCGAUAUGCUUGGACUUGCUAUAUUGACCUUAUCACAAGAAAGUACGUGGAUAGUGAGGAAAGAAUUAGUUCUCCGUGGUUCGAAUAAUAUGUCCACGAUGGCGGUUUCCGUAUUGUUCUAUCCGGUUAAAAGUAUACAGCAAAUGGUCACCAGUCGAAGAAGUAGCUUGACUUUUCCGAUAUCAGACGACGAACCGAAAUCUAAAAGAAACAGCCUACCGUGGAUACAACAGGCAAAACUGUUAUUAACUCACAAGGAUAUAGAUGCCGCUUCGUCAGACGUAUCCAGUCUACUUUCCAGCGGAAGCGGGUUAAUGGAAGUAACAUUGUUACGCGCGAAAGAUCUUGUAGCUAAAGAUCUGAACGGUUUCAGCGAUCCUUUCUGCGAAUUGAAAUUAAAUAACGAAACUAAGUACAAGAGCAGCAUAAAGAAAAAAACGUUGAAUCCCUGUUGGGACGAAAGUUCUAUCAUGGGUUUGCCAAGAAGCAGCGAAACCUUGGAUGUCGUGUUAUGGGAUCAUGAUACUUUUGGUAUGAAAGAUUAUCUUGGAAAAGUAUCAUUGACUCUCGACGACAUCAGAAAACUAUCGAACAGCGAUCAGUCCCAUUGGUUCACAUUAAGAGGAACCAAAACUGGAUCUGUAGAGCUGAAAAUUAAGGUUUUGUCGAAAGAGUGCGAGACUCAAAGCACUUACUCAGCCAGCCAUAUCAGCGAAAGUUCAACACAGUUGAACAUCGAAAGUUCCGAAAUGAUGUCGAACAUUAUAAGGAGACCUUCGAUGGAAAAAUCGAAGAUGAGAUUGCAUUUAGACUUCGUGCCGCCACCACCGCCGCCGCGUACAGUUACUUUGUUGAAACCAAUGAUUUCUAGUCAGUCUGACAAAGUUAGUGUUGGCAGUAAGGACUCUAGCGAGAUGAACGGAACCCAAAAUUCUUGGAUACCCACGGUCAUCACGGAAUCCGUGACAGACGUGAUCGACGAUACUGCCGUAGGAAAGUUAAGAGAACGGCGAUAUUCUCGCAACAGUUUGACACCGAGCCCUGAGCAAAGUUUCGGCAAAAAAUUACCGCAGUAUAACAGUUUUCGCGUUAUGAAACAAAAGGUAAAAAGAGGACUGAAACUUCGUAGAUUUCGUUCGGAAGUAAAUAUAGAAGACAAAAACGAGUCAGAGGGUAUAACAUUGAGUUUAGAACCUAGAGGUGGAGGAGAAGCUGAUGCCACAGAGCUUUUACAAGGAUCUGGUUUAACCCAUGCAGUAUCACAAUCCGAUAUGCUUGGCAGAAUAAGACAACCUAGUCCGCGUUUAAGACUACGACCAAAUGAAUUGAAAAUUAUCAAUGGCACUAAGGAAAAAUAUUCAGGAAUAGAAGGUAAAGUUCUACAGGCUCAAGGUCUCUAUGUCGCACAUAUUGCUCAAUUAUACUGUAGAAUUAAACUUCAGAUAGGCAUUAAUGAAAAUGUUUUAUAUUUAUGCACCAGUCCAAAUAAAAUUGCAUCCUCAGCAAACAGUGGCAAAACAUUGGCAAAAUCUCAACUUUUACCUGCAAUGCCCAAUCCCCAAUUCAGCAUAGACUUUCAUGUAGAAGGUGACAAUGUUCCAAGGCAGUCUUUAUUGAUAUUUGAAAUCCGAAGUGCUAGUAAAGAUUUAUUAGCUAGUCGACGCAUCACUCUUCAUGAAUUAUUAGGUAUUUCUGCAGCUACUGAUGAAAUUCAUACAUGGCUAGCAUUAAAUAAUGGAGCAUCAUUAGAAAUACAAAUUACUCAUGGGAGAGAACAUAAAAGUAAAUCCAUAAAGAAACUAUUCCGAUCUUGGUCAGUACACAGAAUAGGAAAAAUAUAACAUAUCUUUAAAAUGUACAUUUUUAUUC